CAUACUAGAGCUCUAUCCAUUCACAACUUCCAAUUCCAAGAUACGUAAAAAAUAAAUACUAAUAAAAAACAAUUGCCUACAACUGUGCGACCCUCCAACAAUAUAUUUCAAAAUCCACGUUACCAUUUUGUUUAUAUUUUUUUCACUUUCGCAAAAAUCCCUUUCCUCACAUAUCUUUUCAUCAAAAUAAAUGCCAAUGCUACACCUGAACUCCAAAACCCAGCCCUAAAAACCUGCAUUGCUGUUGGAUUUCCACACAUGAUCUAGUCAGCGCCAUGCAAGUUUCAAAGAACAUUCUCUUAAGAACACAGAAUUAAUCUCGUGAUUGUGUUCUAUUUGAAGUUUGGACCAUCAGUGCAGGAAUGAAGAGCUCAAACUUGAGUGAUGGUUUGCGUCGAUUCUCCUCGGCAACCUCGAGAUCUGAAAGAGCAGCUUGUACACACACAUGUCUCGUUUUAUUGCAGGAUCUUCUUAUUUAUGGGCGAGACAUCCAAUUAGGAUGCAUCCCCAUAGAAAGUUACAGGGGUUGUUUCCCCUAAAGGUGUGACCUUUGCGGUGUCGUUGGAUGAAGAUGAUGCGGUGUCGGUGAGAUCGGUGCAAGGGGUGGUGGCAUACCGAAGCCAAUAGCUGUGUGCGAGGGUCUCGGUGCGCGGCAUUGAAGCUUCAUGGGGGGACAGGAUGGAGGGUGUCGUGGUAAGGGCUUCCAUUUGCUGCCGUCCAUUGUGCAGCCCCUGCGACCCUGCCGACGGAUCAGUUGUGUACUGGUGGAUUCAAUGCGCCUUGUCUCUCAUAUGGAGCCGAGUUAAUGCCGCGUCUAAUCGUGCGUCUCAGUGUCACAUGGUGUUACUCUCCUUCACGCGCGCAGCGCACACUAGCUUUCAUCGUCAGCUUGCAAGGGGUGGCGAGGCGUGACAUCACAAACCGUGAACGUGGUUGGUUGCUUGCGAGGAUUGCGCUUUUCAAGAUGGCAUGUGUGGAGGGGUUGUUUUAGGCAAGGUUACACGAGCUGGAAAUUGCAGGUGUAGCGUGGUGGUUUAUGACAUGGGGAUGAUUAAUGGAGAGCUGCAGUGGUGGAGUUGGAGUGGUGCAGAUGGCUAUUUAUUGAGGAGGGGGGGGGUGAUGUGAGAUCAUUUAUGAAACUUGGUCGAUGGGAAACAGCAACUGCUCAUAUCUAUGGUGAUUACUCGAUGUCUGAUACAUGUGCUUUGAAAUGGUCUGCUCUUCGCUUUCUAUAUGGCUGAACUGCUGUACUACGUGCGAAGCCUGUUAUUGAUACGGAGAUGAAGCUUAUCGCAGUCGACAAUUGUGGUGUUAUUCAUGAGUGUCCGAUGGAUUUGGAUGAUAGCAACGACGCACGCAUGGUGUUCGUGAGUGCAGCACAUGUAGAGACCCAUUCCCUACUUUCUGUGGUGGAUGCAGAGGCGUUUAUCCUGUGCUUGUGCGUCCCCUUCUCGGUACCGUUGCGUGGACACGGUGACUUCCUGAAUUGCGAGCCUUCGAAGUUAGCCGAGGUUGUUUCUCCUUGGAAAGUCUCCUACUCGAGAUAUUCGGUCGUUCUGUGUACGAAUAUAUAUAUCUGCACAUACACAUAUUCUUGCGCUCAAUGUGUGCUCCUAGUGUCUCUUUCUAAUACAACAUCAUGGCAGAUUACAAUGGAACUCGUUUAGCAGUAUGAUCUUUUGUUGUGUAACCUGAAAAACACCCCCGACUCCUAAAUAAAAGUAAAUGGUGCAGCAGCCUAAUGAAAGCUACCAUGAAUUCCUGAGGCAAUGCAAAGACCUCAGAAGACUUCGAUACUUGCGGAUGCCUCUCUACCAUUUGUAUAGACCUGUUGAGGCAAACGUAACUUCUACUCGGAGAGACAGGACAAAGGCUAAAUCAAAAUAUAAACAAUGUCUCCAAGGCGUUUGAAAGCCAUUCUGAUCUUGCUCUUAAGAUGUGCUGUGAGUUCAAGUCAGUCUCAUUGAUGCUUUGAAAUUUUCGAUGGCAUAGUCGCUUGCUUCAUGGGCAUACUUGAUACUGCCCAGUGAUAGUGUGAACUUCGAGGAAGAUGGAAGUGCAGUUGGGCUUGAAGGUUAACAAGAUUCCAGUCAAGAGGCUCAAUGCUGUGACCUGUUUAAGGGAAUGGUAGUCUUCUAUUACUUCUGAAGCUUUCUCAUCUGACGAGGAUGUCAGUGGAAAAAACAUCAACUCCCCGGCGAAACAUGUCAUUGCGAAUUUAAAAGCAUCUAUCGAUUAAAUAGUAUUGAAGAUGAUUCUCAUCUUGACGAACAUCACUCACAGGCGGUCUUGAAAGGGUAAGAACUGGCAGUGUUCUGUGCAUGUUCAUUACAUCCACCUCGUAAUGGAGCAUUUUAAUGAGCGAAAAUAGAACAAUCUUGCCCUUCUGCAAUCCCAUGUAAGGCCUGUAACCAAAGUUUGAGGUAUUGAUUCGAUUCCUUGAAUGUGAGCAA